AAAUAUACCUCUAGCCUCGUCAAAGUGCGCUGGCGCGUAAGAUAAACAAUACGAGUGAUGGAAGAUGCUAACGUGAGCCAGCAGUUUCCCACGACAAACUGGAGGUUAAGUACCCUCGCCAAUCACUUGACCGGCCAUUCCCCGGCCAUGGCUUCCGUGAAUCAAAAUCCCGCUCUCUCGCCGUCUCCGACUGCUGGAUCCAACGGCGCCGCCGCCUCUGUGUUUGCCAGCAUCUCGCAGGCCCCCGAGGAUCCGAUCCUCGGAGUGACGGUUGCUUACAACAAGGAUCCGAGCCCCGUAAAGGUUAAUUUGGGUGUUGGCGCCUAUCGGACUGAGGAAGGGAGGCCGCUUGUUUUGAACGUGGUGAGGAAAGCCGAGCAGCUACUGGUCAACGAUCCGGCGCGUGUUAAGGAGUAUCUCCCCAUCACAGGAUUGUCGGAUUUCAAUAAAUUAAGUGCUAAGCUUAUAUUUGGAGCCGGCAGCCCUGCCAUUCAGGAAAAUAGAGUGGCUACAGUGCAAUGCUUAUCAGGUACUGGAUCAUUGAGGGUUGGAGGAGAAUUUCUAGCAAGGCAUUACCAUGAAAGAACUAUCUACAUUCCCCAGCCAACAUGGGGAAACCAUCCAAAAGUUUUCACAUUGGCUGGCUUGGCUGUCAAGUACUAUCGUUAUUAUGACCCAGCAACACGAGGGCUGAAUUUUCAUGGCCUCCUGGAAGAUCUCGGUUCUGCACCUACUGGAGCCAUAGUGCUCCUACAUGCAUGUGCCCAUAACCCAACCGGUGUCGAUCCCACCCUCGAGCAAUGGGAGCAGAUCAGACAGCUGAUGAGAUCAAAGGAAUUGCUACCUUUCUUUGACAGCGCUUAUCAGGGUUUUGCAAGUGGAAGUCUUGACGCUGAUGCUCAGUCUGUUCGCAUCUUUGUUGCCGAUGGUGGCGAAUGCCUUGCCGCUCAAAGCUAUGCCAAGAACAUGGGCCUGUAUGGAGAACGUGUUGGCGCACUGAGCAUUGUGUGCAAAUCUUCUGAUGUGGCAGUCAGAGUUGAGAGUCAGGUGAAACUUGUAAUCAGGCCUAUGUAUUCAAACCCUCCUAUACAUGGUGCAUCUAUAGUGGCGACAAUUCUGAAAAACAGUGAGAUGUACAAUGAAUGGAUGGUUGAGUUGAAAAUGAUGGCUGAUCGUAUAAUCAGCAUGCGUAAACAGCUGUUUGACACCCUGCAUGAACGAGGUACACCAGGUGAUUGGAGUCACAUUGUCAAGCAGAUUGGAAUGUUUACCUUCACAGGCCUUAACAGUGAGCAAGUCGCUUUCAUGACCAGGGAAUAUCACAUUUAUAUGACUUCUGAUGGGAGGAUCAGUAUGGCUGGUUUGAGCUCAAAAACAGUUCCUCAUCUCGCAGAUGCUAUUCAUGCUGCUGUUACUCGUAUCAACUAAUUGACACAAUGAUUUUGCCUGUAAAAUUCGCCUCCAUCUAUUUGUGAUAGCUACGGUUAACAUUAAGUACAAUAUAUUUAUAAAAUAAAUUUGUCAACGCUUUGGGGGGCUGUAAUGCUACUGUUCGUGAACACUUCUUGUGUUCUAAAUGAGUUAUGUUGGCUUGAAUGAAUUAAUUUAAUUUUCAGUUUUUUUUUUUUU